UGUGUCUCAUUUCAAUCAUUUUGUUUGCUAGCCAGCAGCCUCUUUUCAACAUUUAUAUAUACAAACAAACAUUUUAAUUAUAUAUACAUAAUAUAUUAUAUAUAAAUCAAAUGGCAGCAACGUCGACAAAAGACGAGUUUACUACUCUAGAGCUGAUACGCGAACAUCUCCUCGGAGACUUCUCCGGCCACACCGAUUCCUUCAUCUCCGCCCUGGUCUACGCCGCCUUCCCCGACGAAGAAGUCGGGUCACCCAUUUCUAAACCGGCUACAAUUAACCGUUUUCCCAUUGCAGAAAUAAAACCCGAAUUCCUUAACCUCAAGUACUCCCCCGUUGGCGUUGCCGUUGCCGGCGUUGGUACGGGAGUGGUCUCCUCUGCUGCUGCUGCUGCUGCUGCUGCUACUACUAAGAGGCGAUACAGAGGAGUGAGGCGGCGGCCGUGGGGGACUUUUGCAGCCGAGAUUAGGGAUCCGACCCGGAAAGGGUGUCGGGUUUGGUUAGGAACUUAUGAUACUGACGUGGAGGCAGCUAGGGCUUAUGAUUUUGCGGCGUUUAAGAUGAGGGGAAGAAAGGCCAUACUUAACUUUCCGUUAGAUGCCGGAAUUUCACAGCCGCCGUCGCAGUCCGGACGGAAGAGGCGAAGGAUUAUGGCAGAUGACAUUACUGCCAAAUUCUUUAGAACCAAGAUGAUGGAAUCAGUUAACGCCGCUCCAUCCACGCCGUCAAUGGCAAUGUGUCGCCGUUAAGUUAGUAAUUAAUAUUUGUAUGUUUCAGUUUAUCGCUGUUGAGAAAAUCCAUAACUCAACAUGUGUGAACUAGGUAGUACGUAGUUAAUGCUAAGUUAGGUUAAUCAUUAUAAGAUGUUCCUAUAGUUAUUAAUGUAUCAAUUAUACAAAUAAUUAUAUGAAAUUUU